AUGUCUGAGCAACUACGCGCUGAGCAUCUGCUUAUUAAGUUCAAUGGCAGCCGCAACCCAGUUUCUCGUCGCACUGGCGCGAGCACGUCUAAUGUGAGCUACCAGGAGGCUCUGGAGGAACUCAGUCGUUGGCUGAAGGAUAUCCAGGAUGGAAAACUCACCUUUGAAGAGGCCGCCCAGGCUCGCUCCGAUUGCGGCAGCUUCGCCAAAGGCGGGGAUCUCGGCUUCUUCGGUCCGGGCGAAAUGAUGAAGCCAUUUGAAGACGCCGUGCGCAGCCUGCGUGUUGGAGAGAUCAGUGGUGUUGUGCAAACCGACAGUGGUCUUCACAUCAUCAAACGUCUCGCUUAA